CGAGCCGCUCCCUCCGCGCCGGUACCGCCGGAACCGCCACAACCGCCGCGACAUCGGCACCGGCCGGGCACCGGCACCCACCUCCCCCGCCGAUGCGCCGGGCCUUCGCCGUGCCCUGCGCGCCCGUUGGCUGAGGAACUAGACGACAUCUGCGUCAGACCGCCGGCGCUGACGUCACGGGUCUGAGAGGGUGGAAAGGCUGUGAUGAAGAACCAGGCAGUGGAGACCAAAGCAGCUCCACGUCCUUCCAGAACAAGCAGCGGGAUGGGGCUGGAAGAGGGAGAUUCACCAGAGGCUGCAGCUCCCCUGGAAGCUCCUCUCACACAGGAAGAUCCCAAACCCUCCCGGCCGGCCGUGCGCGACGUCUCGGAGGAGCUGAGCCGGCAGCUGGAGGACAUCCUCAACACCUACUGUGUGGAUGCCAGCCAGGAGAACCAGGGGGAGGACGGAGGGCAGGGAGAGCCUCCCGAGCCCGAGGAACCCGAAAAGGGACGGAGUGAAUCCCCCAGGAACGGGGAACAGGAACCAGGAGGCCCCGAGAUGAACGGGGAGAAGGAGAGCACCAAGGGAAACGAGGAAUUCCGGCCUGGAGAGGAGGGCGGCGAGAGGGAUCAGAAGAAAGCUCAGGAGAAGAAGAAAGCCAAGGGUUUAGGCAAGGAAAUCACUUUGCUGAUGCAGACCCUGAACACCCUGAGCACAUCAGAGGAGAAACUGGCAGCACUCUGCAAGAAAUACGCUGAGCUGCUGGAAGAGCACAGGAACUCACAGAAGCAGAUGAAGAUCCUGCAGAAGAAGCAGAGCCAGCUGGUGCAGGAGAAGGAUCACCUGCAGAGUGAGCACAGCAAAGCCAUCCUGGCCCGCAGCAAACUGGAGAGCCUGUGCCGGGAGCUGCAGAGGCACAACCGAACCCUCAAGGAGGAAGGUGUCCAGCGUGCCAGGGAGGAGGAGGAGAAGAGGAAGGAGGUGACCUCACACUUCCAGGUGACUCUGAACGACAUCCAGCUGCAGAUGGAGCAGCACAACGAGAGGAAUUCCAAACUGCGCCAGGAGAACAUGGAGCUGGCAGAGAGGCUCAAGAAGCUCAUCGAGCAGUACGAGCUGAGGGAGGAGCACAUUGACAAGGUGUUCAAGCACAAGGAGCUGCAGCAGCAGCUGGUGGAUGCCAAACUGCAGCAGGCCCAGGAGAUGCUGAAGGAGGCAGAGGAGAGGCACCAGCGGGAGAAGGACUUUCUGCUGAAGGAAGCUGUGGAAUCACAGAGGAUGUGUGAACUGAUGAAGCAGCAGGAGACCCACCUCAAGCAGCAGCUGGCUCUGUACACAGAGAAGUUUGAGGAAUUCCAGAACACCCUUUCUAAAAGCAGCGAAGUGUUCACCACGUUCAAACAGGAGAUGGAGAAGAUGACCAAGAAAAUCAAGAAGCUGGAGAAGGAGACCACCAUGUACCGUUCCCGCUGGGAGAGCAGCAACAAGGCCCUCCUGGAGAUGGCAGAAGAGAAAACCCUGCGGGACAAGGAGCUGGAGGGGCUGCAGGUGAAGAUCCAACGCCUGGAGAAGCUUUGCCGGGCGCUGCAGACGGAGCGCAACGACCUCAACAAGAAAGUGCAGGACCUGUGUGCCCACACGGACCUGUUGGAGCCUCUGAAGGAGCCACCCCGGGACAGCUCCGAGGCAGCUCCGGAUUCCCAGAGCUCGGGAAAGGCCCCGCAGAACCCGGAUCCUGCAGAAAUCCCGGCGGAACUGAGCACGGGAGGGGCGGGGCAGAGCGGGACUGAGGAGGGCACUGAGUGAGCCCCGGGCUGGGCACAGAGCUGGGCUGAGGGAGGGUGACCUGGGAGCUGCUUUAGAUUCUCCUCUGCCUGUCCUGGGACAGGUGGGAAAAGACAGGACACAGCCCUCCUGGGGAUGUGAGAUUUCCUAGUUUAGGUUUUUUGGAGGGUUUUUUUUAAGAUUUUAUAUAUAUAUAUAUAUAUA